AACAAGCUUACACAAACACACACUGCAAAUUACAGUUUACGGCGAUAUUGUCCUGCACUGUUACAUUUGAACAACAAACCUUUCAGAUUAAAUGAUGCUUCGGACAUGUUAACCCCAAGAACAAUGGAAACAAAAUCCAACAGACUUCUUAUCAUAUUUGUUCUCCUCUGCGGUUGCUUUGCUUCAGCAUCGAAUGGACAGAAUGCCACAACUAAUUUCUAUGCAGAAUCUGAGCAGGCCAAUUUUGAGAACAGGACAGCAAAUGUUUCAGUGGAAAUGUGCAAGUCAGUGGAGAUGAAUUGGGAAGCCUCAGAGGUGAUCAGCACUGCAGAAAGAAUGAGCAAUCUGGCCCUUUGCACCUUGACAGAUGAAGGGCACAUCCCCAGAACUACACUAGAGCAUCUACAAGUGCAGUUCAGACAAAUCAUCAAAUCAACAAUGGAUCUCUCAGCUGAAAUGGACCCAAAAACAAAUGUCGAUGUGGCUGCUUUCUUUGCUUUUUUGGAGAAUCUCAAUGAAGAUACUAUUCACAACCUACAGUUUGUUGAGAUCUGGCUGUAUUUGAAGUUUUUGCCGGUUCUGCCAUAUAUAAACGAGGAGUAUCUGACACAACUGAGCCAGAAAAACUUCACAUGUGAAACCUUCCAGAUGAUUGUCGGAGAUCUUAGCGAAGAGGAAACACUGAUAACAGACAACCAACAGAAAAUGAUCUUCACUCAUCUCAUUUACCUAUACCUGUCCAGAGCAGAUACCACAGAUCCUGGGUGUUUUUCAAACAACACAGAUAACAGUGAAUGGCUACAAAAGAACUUAGGGAUGUUUUUUAGAUAUGCUUCGCUCAGAAACCUGCAAAUGCUCAACAGCUAUUUUACUGAGUUUAAUUCAUUUAGAUUGCUGACACCAUCUCAAGUAGCUGAGUUGACUCAGACGUCGGGAGCACUGAAAAACAUAAAUAUGAUCAACUUGAUUUUUGACCAUCUAGAGGAAGGUGAUGCUUUCCAGAAUGUUGAUGAGUUUUUCUGGACACUAACUCAAAGUGACGCUUUGGAAAUCCAUCCGGUGGUGAGGGACAUCAUGAUGAAUCGGACCUUUGCCAUCAUCAGUCUCCAUUUUACACAGUUCUUGAGAGAAGACUGGGUUUCCUGGUUCACGGUGAAACUGAUUCCUCUCCUGCCCAGCAUAACUGCAGAGAUGCUCCAGACAGCAACAUCAGACCGUGACUGCAUCGCAUUCCAUGCAAUCGUUGAGGGUCUUACCAGCGUCUUUGACCAGAUGUCACCGGAGAGACAGCAGGAGCUCACACUUGUUCUGGUGGAUCAUCUGAAACACACCGGCAGAUCAGGCUCAACCUGCGGGUCAGACACCAGCAGUCUCAGAGCCUGGUUUGAUGUGAACUUUGGUAAAUUCUCAGUCUACGUGGCAUUCCAAGAUCUGCUACUGCUCAAUGCAAACUUUCUCAAUUUUGAGGCACUGGACUCUCUGAGCGCUUCCCAAGUUGCUAAGCUGACGGUGGACUCUGGAGCACUGAACAACACAGACAUGAUCACCAUGGUAUUUGACCAUCUAGAAAAUGGCUAUGUGUUCCAGAACGUGAAUGAUUUCCUGGCAGGUCUCACCCAGAAUUUGCAGGAUUUGGAAAUCCAUCCAGUGGUGAGGGACAUCAUGAUGAAUCGGACCUUUGCCAUCAUCAGUCUCCAUUUUACAGAGUUCUUCAGAGGAGACUGGGUUUCCUGGUUCACCGUGAAACUGAUUCCUCUAUUGCCCAGCAUAACUGCAGAGAUGCUCCGAAAAGCAACAUCCUACGGCGACUGCAUCGCAUUCCACGCAAUCGUUGAGGGUCUUAGCAGUGUCUUUGACCAGAUGUCACUGGAGAGACAGCAGGAGCUCACAAUUGUUCUGGUGGACCAUCUGAAACACACAGGUGGAUCGGGGUCAACCUGUGGGUUAGACACCAGCAGUCUCAGAGCCUGGCUUGAUGUGAACUUUGGUAAAUUCUCAGUCUACGUGGCAUUCCAAGAUCUGCUACUGCUCAAUGUGAACUUUUCCAAUUUUGAGGCACUGGACCUUCUGAGCGCUUCUCAAGUUGCUCAACUUACAGUGAACUCUGGAGCACUGAACAACCCAGACAUGAUCACCAUGGUAUUUGACCAUUUAGAACAUGUUGAUGCGUUCCAGAAUGUGAAUGAUUUCCUGGCAGGUCUCACCCAGAAUUCGCAGGCUUUGGAAAUCCAUCCGGUGGUGAGGGACGUCAUGAUGAAUCGGACCUUUACCAUCAUCAGUCUCCAUUUUACACAGUUCUUGAGAGUAGACUGGGUUUCCUGGUUCACUGUAAAACUGAUUCCUCUCCUGCCCAGCAUAACUGCAGAGAUGCUUCAGACAGCAACAUCAGACGGCGACUGCAUUGCAUUCCACGCAAUCGUUGAGGGUCUAAGCAGAGUCUUUGACCAGAUGUCACUUGAGAGACAGCAGGAGCUCACAGUUAUUAUGGUGGACUAUCUGAAACAAACUGGCGGAUUGGGCUCAACCUGUGGGUCAGACACCAGCAGUCUCAGAGCCUGGCUUGAUGUGAACUUUGGUCAAUUCUCAGUCUACGUGGCAUUCCAAGAUAUGCUACUGCUCAAUGCGAACUUUAUCAAUUUUGAGGCACUUGACUCUCUGAGCACUUCCCAAGUUGCUAAGCUGACGGUGGACUCUGGAGCACUGAACAACCCAGACAUGAUCACCAUGGUAUUUGAUCAUCUGGAAAAUGGCAAUGCGUUCCAGAACGUGAAUGAUUUCCUGGCAAGUCUCACCCAGAAUUCGCAGGCUUUGGAAAUCCAUCCAGUGGUGAGGGACAUCAUGAUGAAUCGAACCUUUGCCAUCAUCAGUCUCCAUUUUACAGAGUACUUAAGAGGAGACUGGGUUUCCUGGUUCACCGUGAAAAUGAUUCCUCUCUUGCCCAGCAUGACUGCAGAGAUGCUCCAGACAGCAACAUCCUACGGCGACUGCAUUGCAUUCCAGGCUAUUGUUGAGGGUCUUAGCAGCGUCUUUGACCAGAUGUCGCUGGAGAGACAGCAGCAGCUCACAAUUGUUCUGGUGGACCAUCUGAAACACACCAGCGAAUUUGGCUCAACCUGCGGGUCAGACACCAGCAGUCUCAGCGCCUGGCUUGAUGUGAACUUUGGUAAUUUCUCAGUCUACGUGGAAUUCCAAGAUCUGCUACUGCUAAAUGCGAACUUCUCCAAUUUUGAGGCACUGGACCUUCUGAGCGCUUCCCAAGUUGCUCAACUUACGGUGAACUCUGGGGCACUGAACAACCCAGAUAUGAUCACCAUGGUAUUUGAACAUCUAGAAAAUGCUGAUGCGUUCCAGAAUGUGAAUGAUUUCCUGGCAGGUCUCGCCCAGAAUUCGCAGUUCCUCAAGGCUUUGGAAAUCCAUCCCGUGGUGAGGGACAUCAUGAUGAAUCGGACCUUUGCCAUCAUCAGUCUCCAUUUUACAGAGUUCUUGAGAGUAGACUGGGUUUCCUGGUUCAAGGUGAAACUGAUUCCUCUCCUGUCCAGCAUAACUGCAGAGAUGCUCCAGACAGCAACAUCAGACGGUGACUGCAUCGCAUUUCAAGCAAUCGUUGAGGGUCUUAGCAGCGUCUUUGACCAGAUGUCACUGGAGAGACAACAGGAGCUCACACUUGUUCUAGUGGAUCAUCUGAAACACACUAGUGCAUCGGGCUCAACCUGUGGGUCAGACACCAGCAGUCUCAGCGCCUGGCUUGAUGUGAAUUUUGGUAAAUUCUCAGUCUACGUGGCAUUCCAAGAUCUUCAAAUGCUCAAUGCAAACUUUUUCAAUUUUGAGGCACUGGACCAUCUGAGCUCUUCCCAAGUUGCUCAACUUACGGUGAACUCUGGAGCAUUGAACAACCCAGAUAUGAUCACCAUGGUACUUGACCAUCUAGAAAAUGGCAAUGCGUUCCAGAACAUUAAUGAUUUCCUGGCAGCUCUCGAACAGCAUUCGCAGGAUUUGGAAAUCCAUCCAGUGGUGAGGGACAUCAUGAUGAAUCGGACCUUUGCCAUCAUCAGUCUCCAUUUUACAGAGUUCUUCAGAGGAGACUGGGUUUCCUGGUUCACAAUGAAACUGAUUCCUCUCCUGCCCAGCAUAACUGCAGAGAUGCUCCAUAGAGUAACAUCAGACAACAACUGCAUCGCAUUCCACGCAAUCGUUGAGGGUCUUAGCAGUGUCUUUGACCAGAUGUCACUGGAGAGACAGCAGGAGCUCACACUAGUUCUGGUGGAUCAUCUGAAACAUACCGGCGGAACAGGCUCAACCUGUGGGUCAGACACCAGCAGUCUCAGCGCUUGGCUUGAUGUGAAUUUUGGUAAAUUAUCAGUCUACGUGGCAUUCCAAGAUCUUCUAAUGCUCAAUGUGAACUUCUCCAAUUUUGAAACACUGGACUCUUUGAGCGCUUACCAAGUUGCUAAACUGACAGUGGACUCUGGAGCACUGAACAACCCAGAUAUGAUCACCAUGGUAUUUGACCAUCUAGAAAAUGGUGAUGCGUUCCAGAACAUGAAUGAUUUCUUGGCAGGUCUCACCCAGAAUUCACAGGCUUUGGAAAUCCAUCCAGUGGUGAGGGACAUGAUGAUGAAUCAGACCUUUGCCAUCAUCAGUCUCCAUUUUACUGAGUUCUUGAGAGAAGACUGGGUUUUCUGGUUCACCUUGCAAUUGAUUCCCCUCUUGCCCAGCAUAACUGCAGAGAUGCUCCAGACAGCUACAACCUACGGUGACUGCAUCGCAUUCCACGCAAUAGUUGAGGGUCUUAGCAGCGUCUUUGACCAGAUGUCACUGAAGAGACAGCAGGAACUCACAAUUGUUCUGGUGGAUCAUCUGAAACACACCGGCGGAUCGGGCUCAACCUGUGGGUCAUACAGCAGCAGUCUCAGAGCCUGGCUUGAUGUGAACUUUGGUAAAUUCUCAGUCUACGUGGUAUUCCAAGAUCUGCCACUGCUCAAUGCGAACUUUUCCAAUUUUGAGGCACUGGACCUUCUGAGCGCUUCUCAAGUUGCUCAACUUACUGUGAACUCUGGAGCACUGAAAAACCCAGACAUGAUCACCAUGGUAUUUGACCAUCUAGAAAAUGGCAAUGCGUUCCAAAACGUGAAUGAUUUCCUGGCAGGUCUUGCCCAGAAUUCGCAGGCUUUGGAAAUCCAUCCGGUGGUGAGGGACGUCAUGAUGAAUCGGACCUUUACCAUCAUCAGUCUCCAUUUUACACAGUUCUUGAGAGUAGACUGGGUUUCCUGGUUCACUGUAAAACUGAUUCCUCUCCUGCCCAGCAUAACUGCAGAGAUGCUUCAGACAGCAACAUCAGACGGCGACUGCAUUGCAUUCCACGCAAUUGUUGAGGGUCUUAGCAUUGCCUUUGACCAGAUGUCACUGGAGAGACAGCAGGAGCUUACACUUGUUUUGGUGGAUCAUCUGAAACAUACCGGCGUAUCAGGCUCAACCUGCGGGUCAGACACCAGCAGUCUCAGCGCCUGGCUUGAUGUGAAUUUUGGUAAAUUCUCAGUCUACGUGGCAUUCCAAAAUCUGCUACUGCUCAAUGCGAACUUUUUCAAUUAUGAGGCACUGGACUCUCUGAGCGCUUCCCAAGUUGCUAAGCUGACGGUGGACUCUGGAGGACUGAACAACCCAGAUAAGAUCACCAUGGUUUUUGACCAUCUAGAUUAUGGCGAUGCAUUCCAGAACGUGAAUGAUUUCCUGGCAGUUCUCACCCAGAUUUCAAAGGAUUUGGAAAUCCAUCCGGUGGUGAGGGAUAUCAUGAUGAAUCGGACCUUUGCCAUCAUCAGUCUCCAUUUUACAGAGUUCUUGAGAGGAGACUGGGUUUCCUGGUUCACCGUGAAACUGAUUCCUCUCCUGCCCAGCAUAACUGCAGAGAUGCUCCAGACAGCAACAUCAUACGGCGACUGCAUCACUUUCCACAUAAUCGUUGAGGGUCUUAGCAGCAUCUUUGACCAGAUGUCACUGGAGAGACAGCAAGAGCUCACACUUGUUCUGGUGGAUCAUUUGAAACAGACCAGUAGAUCGGGCUCAACCUGUGGGUCAGACACCAGCAGUCUCAGAGCCUGGCUUGAUGUGAACUUUGGUAAUUUCUCAGUCUACGUGGCAUUCCAAGAUCUGAUACUGCUCAAUGCAAACUUUUCCAAUUUUGAGGCACUGGACCUUCUGAGCGCUUCCCAAGUUGCUCAACUUACGGUGAACUCUGGAGCACUGAACAACCCAGACAUGAUCACCAUGGUAUUUGAUCAUCUAGAAAAUGCUGAUGCCUUCCAGAACAUGAAUGAUUUCCUGGCAGGUCUCACCCAGAAUUCGCAGGCUUUGGAAAUUCAUCCCGUGGUGAGGGACAUCAUGAUGAAUCGGACCUUUGCCAUCAUCAGUCUACAUUUUACAGAGUUCUUGAGAGAAGACUGGGUUUCCUGGUUCACAGUGAAACUGAUUCCUCUCCUGCCCAGCAUAACUGCAGAGAUGCUCCAGACAGCAACAUCAGACAGCGACUGCAUUGCAUUCCACGCAAUCGUUCAGGGUCUUAGCAGCGUCUUUGACCAGAUAUCACUGGAGAGACAGCGGGAACUCACACUUGUUAUGGUGGAUCAUCUGAAACACACCAGCGAAUUUGGCUCAACCUGCGGGUCAGACACCAGUAGUCUCAGCGCCUGGCUUGAUGUGAACUUUGGUAAAUUCUCAGUCUACGUGGAAUUCCAAGAUCUGCUACUGCUCAAUCCAAACUUUUCCAAUUUUGAGGCACUGGAUUCUCUGAGCACUUCCCAAGUUGCUAAGCUGACGGUGGACUCUGGAGCACUGAACAACCCAGACAUGAUCACCAUGGUAUUUGACCAUCUAGAAAAUGGUGAUGCAUUACAGAACAUGAAUGAUUUCUUGGCAGGUCUUACCCAGAAUUCGCAGGCUUUGGAAAUCCAUCCAGUGGUGAGGGACAUAAUGAUGAAUCGAACCUUUGCCAUCAUCAGUCUCCAUUUUACAGAGUUCUUAAGAGGAGACUGGGUUUCCUGGUUCACCGUAAAUCUGAUUCCUCUCUUGCCCAGUAUAAAUGCAGAGAUGCUCCAGACAGCAACAUCCUACGGCGACUGCAUCGCAUUCCACGCAAUAGUUAAGGGUCUAAGCAGCGUCAUUGACCAGAUGUCACUGGAGAGAAAGCACCAGCUCACAAUUGUUCUGGUGGAUCAUCUGAAACACACCGGUGGAAUGGGCUCAACCUGUGGGUCAGACACCAGCAGUCUCAGAGUCUGGCUUGAUAUGAACUUUGGUCAAUUCUCAGUCUACGUGGCAUUCCAAGAUCUGCUACUGCUCAAUGCAAACUUUUCCAAUUUUGAUGCACUGGACUCUCUGAGCGCUUCCCAAGUUGCUCAACUUACGGUGAACUCUGGAGCACUGAACAACCCAGACAUGAUCACCAUGGUAUUUGACAAUCUAGAAAAUGGCAAUGCGUUUCAAAACGUGAAUGAUUUCCUGGCAGGUCUCACCCAGAAUUCGCAGGCUUUGGAAAUCCAUCCGGUUGUGAGGGAUGUCAUGAUGAAUCGGACCUUUGCCAUCAUCCGUCUCCAUUUUACACAGUUCUUGAGAGUUGACUGGGUUUCCUGGUUCACAUUGAAACUGAUUCCUCUACUGCCCAGCAUAACUGCAGAGAUGCUUCAGACAGCAACAUCAGACGGCGACUGCAUCGCAUUCCACGCAAUCGUUGAGGGUCUUAGCAUCGUCUUUGACCAGAUGUCACUGGAGAGACAGCAGGAGCUCACACUUGUUCUGGUGGAUCAUCUGAAACACCCCGGCAGAUCGGGCUCAAACUGCGGGUCAGACACAAGCAGUCUCAGCUCCUGGCUUGAUGUGAACUUUGGUCAAUUCUCAGUCUACGUGGCAUUCCAAGAUCUGCUACUGCUCAAUGCAAACUUUUUUAAUUUUGAGGCACUGGACUCUCUGAGCCCUUCCCAAGUUGUUAAGCUGACGGUGGACUCUGGAGCACUGAACAAUCCAGACAUGAUCACCAUGGUAUUUGACCAUCUAGAAAAUGGCAAUGCGUUCCAGAACGUGAAUGAUUUCCUGGCAAGUUUCACACAGAAUUCGCAGAGUUUGGAAAUCCAUCCAUUGGUGAGGGACAUCAUGAUGAAUCGUACCUUUGCCAUCGUCAGUCUCCAUUUUACAAAGUUUAUGAGAGGAGACUGGGUUUCCUGGUUCACCGUAAAUCUGAUUCCUCUCUUGCCCAGCAUAAAUGCAGAGAUGCUUCAGACAGCAACAUCAGACGGCGACUGCAUCGCAUUCCACGCAAUCAUUGAGGGUCUUAGCAGCGUAUUUGACCAGAUGUCACUGGAGAGACAGCAGGAGCUCACAAUUGUUCUGGUGGACCAUCUGAAACAAACCGGCGGAUCGGGCUCAACCUGUGGGUCAGAAACCAGCAGUCUCAGAGCCUGGCUUGAUGUGAACUUUGGUAAAUUCUUUGUCUACGUGGCAUUCCAAGAUCUGCUAAUGCUCAAUGCGAACUUUUCCAAUUUUGAGGCACUGGACCUUCUGAGCGCUUUCCAAGUUGCUCAACUUACGGUGAAUUCUGGAGCACUGAACAACCCACACAUGAUCACAAUGGUAUUUGACCAUCUAGAAAAUGCAGAUGCGUUCCAGAAUGUGAAUGAUUUCCUGGCAGGUCUCGCCCAGAAUUCCCAGGCUUUGGAAAUUCAUCCCGUUGUGAGGGACAUCAUGAUGAAUCGGACCUUUGCCAUCAUCAGUCUACAUUUUACAGAGUUCUUGAGAGAAGACUGGGUUUCCUGGUUCACGGUGAAACUGAUUCCUCUCCUGCCCAGCAUAACUGCUGAGAUGCUCCAGACAGCAACAUCAGAUGGCGACUGCAUUGCAUUCCGCGCAAUCGUUGAGGGUCUCAGCAGCGUCUUUGACCAGAUAUCACUGGAGAGACAGCAGACGUUCACACUUGUUCUGGUGGAUCAUCUGAAGCACACCGGCAGAUCAGGCUCAAUCUGUGGGUCCGAUACCAGCAGUCUCAAAGCCUGGCUUGAUGUGAACUUUGGUAAAUUCUCAGUCUACGUGGCAUUCCAAGAUCUGCUACUGCUCAAUGUGAACUUUGUGAAUUUUGAGACACUGGACUCUCUGAGCACUUUCCAAGUUGCUAAGCUGACGGUGGACUCUGGAGCACUGAACAACCCAGACAUGAUCACCAUGGUAUUUGACCAUCUAGAAAAUGGUGAUGCGUUCCAGAACGUGAAUGAUUUCCUGGCAGGUCUCACCCAGAAUUCGCAGGUUUUGGAAAUCCAUCCAGUGGUGAGGGACAUCAUGAUGAAUCGCACCUUUGCCAUCAUCAGUCUCCAUUUUACAGAUUUCUUGAGAGGGGACUGGGUUUCCUGGUUCAGCGUGAAAAUGAUACCUCUAUUGCCCAGCAUAACUACAGAGAUGCUCCAGACAGCAACAUCCUUCGUCGACUGCAACGCAUUCCAGGCAAUUGUUGAGAGUCUUAGCAGCAUCUUUGACCAGAUGUCACUGGAGAGACAGCAGGAUCUCACAAUUGUUCUGGUGGACCAUCUGAAACACACCGGCGGAUCGGGCUCAACCUGUGGGUCAGACACCAGCAGUCUCAAAGCCUGGCUUGAUAUGAACUUUGGUAAAUUCUCAGUCUACGUGGCAUUCCAAGAUCUGCUACUGCUCAAUGUGAACUUUUCCAAUGUAAGUCCUUGA